CUAAAGUAGCAGAACAUUGCCGUACGGUACUACAGAAAUACGGGAUAAGUAAAACAGGUGAAAUUAAAACGGAGGAAAAAGACAUCUGUAAGAUCUGACAACCUACAUUGUAUUACGAUUUAGGUAAAAUGGGCUCUUAUAUUUCAACUUCAUAUUCUGAAAGUGUAAGUACUGAAGCAAUUGGAAGCACUAAGCACGUGGCUUCCAUUAAGGUUGAAAGAAAUGUUGGUUACCAUAAAGUAAGACGGCAACUGAGUGGUAACUUUCGUUUAGUUAUUGAACAGCUCAAUCUACAGGAUUAUUACCCCCAAAAAAUAACUCGUGAAAAAGCAUUGACAGUUUCAGACAAUGAAAUUUCAACAAAGGAUCUUAAAGAUCCUGGCAAGAUUCCUUGGUUUAUUCUGCAAAAUCUCAUCGUGUGCAACUAUGAAGGAAGAAAUUUUGAAGUGAACCAGAACAUAUCGACACUCUCUGAAUUAGAAGACUCAUUGUCUGAACUAGAAGAAUCAUUGUCUUUGCUGAAAGUUCAUUCAGAUGAAACGAGCUGCGGUGACACUUCAGCAGAUGUAAGCCCUUUAGACGCAGUUGUGGCCCUAUUUUUGUGCUGUGACGAUUUUUUAAGACAAAUUUUGGUAGAGAAAAUGUCAAUGUGUCAGCUUGCUAUUCCAUUAAUAUUACCAAUUAACACUGACCCAAAUGAAAGUGAAAUGAUUUUAUGGGCAAUGAGAACAGUAAAAAAGCAAUGGAAAACGCAUACAAACCCAUCAUGCGAGCAGUUAAUGGCUGUAUUUCCAUUGCCAAUUGUGUCGGCCAUUCGCUUGGGUAGACCGCGUAUAUCAAAAUCGAGAAUACUCAACAAUGUCAUUAGCAGUCUAAAACAUGACAUUUUCUUUCACUGUGAAUGCAAUGGUGGAUCUUUAGAAAAAAAAAUAUCAAAAGGUUUAUUGGAAAUGGCAUGGUACCUUCCAAAUGGAGUAAAAGAAGAUAUCUUUCCUGAGGCGCUUACGUUCAUAAAUUUGAGAGGAAACGCACUUAACCUUGAAGAUCAAACAUCAUUUAUAUCAGAAAUAUCAGCAGCAACUAUUGCAUUCACGUCUUCCAACGACUUUGAGGAAGAAGACAGUGACUUACUUAAAUCACUGUACAUACAAAAUGGCAAUUUAAUCCUUGUAUUAGAUGGAAAACCAAAUGAACUUAUCAAAGACUCAAUUCAAAAGUUGUUCCAUAUAUCUUCCGAGAUAGAAAAACAAAAACCAGUAUUGAUUUCUUCCUUAAAAAACACCGAAUCACUGAUGAUUAGGAAAAUCCGAGGUUCUCUCAAUAACUUUAUUUUUACAGAAAAUGGUUAUUCUGAUGUUUAUUUGAGAGGUAUUGAAAGUUGGGCUGCAGAUGAAAGUAUACAAUUUCAUGUUGACGAAAUCACCCAAGACUGUUUAGCAGCGAAGAGGAACGCAGACGGGAUAUUUAAAUAUUUAAAUCCGCCUGAAAAAGAAAAACAACAAGGCUUACCUCUGCAAAGAAUUGCAUUUGAUAUCGGAGAGAAGAAAAAAGAACAGUAUCGAUUGAAACUUAAAGGCAAAAUGCAAACAGAGGAGUACUUUGAAAAGAUACAAUCUGAUAUUACAUCAUUGAGAGAAAAGCAGAAAAAAGUAUGUGACGAGAUUCCGAUACCUAUACUUGAACAAUUCAGCAGGUCUUGCUCAUAUCCAGUAAUAGAGAGAAAGUAUUUUCAUAGCUACAUUAAGAUAAAAACAGAGGUGUACACGUGUAGCUUUGAUACACAACAAAUACGCAGAGAUUACAAUACCAAAUGGAAGGAGUUAUGUGACGAUCUGCAAAAAAAUCAAAACAGGCAAACACCACAAAUGAGAUUUAAAGAAAAGGAACUUGAUGACCUUGCAAUCAAGGUUUCUAAUCUUGCAUUGGGCUUAGAACACUUUAGUAGAGAAAUUGGACAAAUAUACGAAAUGAAAUCACAUUUAAAGUGUCUGGAUGAUUCAACUCGUAAAUUUCCAGCCGUUGCAGCAGAAAUGUUACUCCACGGGCAUUCUCUAGAAUUGAUGGAUGGUGACGCCUCCCAUGUUCCACUCAUUUGGAUUAAGGCCGUACUUACGUCUUUACAAGAAAAUAUUGGAGAUAAACGAUUGUUUGUGUUAUCAAUACUUGGUGUUCAAAGUAGCGGAAAAUCAACUAUGCUUAAUGCAAUGUUUGGCUUGCAGUUUGAUGUUAGCGCAGGAAGAUGUACUAAAGGCAUAUUUGCCCAGCUGGUGCCACUUGACGAGACUUUGCAAAAGAAUACUCAUUGUGACUACAUUUUGGUAGUUGACACAGAAGGUUUACGUGCUCCAGAGUUAGCAAGCAUUGAACAUAGCAACCGUGACAACGAGCUUGCCACUCUUACGAUUGGUUUAGCUGAUACUACAAUCAUUAAUAUAAUGGGAGAAAAUGCAGUUGAAAUGCAAGACAUUCUUCAGAUUGCUGUUUACGCAUUCAUCAAAAUGAAAAGUGUGAACAUUAAACCAAGUUGUAUUUUUGUACACCAAAAUAUAACAAAUGUUACAGCGUCCGAUAUGAAUACCACUCAGAAGAGGACAAUAAAGAAAAUAUUGGAUGAAAUCACUCUCUAUGCUGCAAAAGAACAAAACUGCAGCGACAGAAUACAAACAUUUUCCGACGUUAUUCAAUUUCAGGAACAUAAACAUGUGAUGUAUGUUUCUAGUCUGUGGAAAGGAGAUCCACCAAUGGCACCUCCUAAUCCAAAAUAUAGUGAAUGUAUUCGUCGAAUCAAGAGGCAGAUCAUACAAUCCAUGCAAGAUUCUGAAGCUAAAUCCGUGGAAGACUUCAAAUGUAGGCUGGCAGAUCUUUGGAAAGCAAUUCUAUGUGAAAACUUUGUAUUCAGUUUUAAAAAUACAAUCGAGAUGCUGGCGUUUAAUGCUUUGGAAUUGGAAUAUGUAAAACAUUCUCGUACAUUAAGAAGAAACGCAAUGAUUUAUGUCGACAACCUACAUACAAAAUGUAAGAAACUUGCAGCUAACGAGAUAGCAGAGCUUGGUCAUACAACACUACACCAGUAUAUUGCUAAAUUCAACGAAGAUGUUGCGACUUUCAAUAACAGCAUGGGAGAAUAUUUUUCAAGAGAAACAAAAUCGUGUCAGUGGAAAGCUAGAACAGAAUCAAACAUGACUGAACUAUGUGAAAAUAUCAGAAAAGAACUACAUAAUGAAUUUGAAUCUAUUAAAAAGAAAAUCAUUGGAAGGGCCGAAAUCGACUCAAGUAUGAAAAUGCAUGAAAGGGAUAUUUUACAAAAGGCUAAAAGCUUAGCUGAAGCAUUCCGUGACAAGGAACUUUCUGAUUCAGAUCUGAGAGUGAAGUUUGAUGAGGAGUGGGAGACUUGGAUUUCUAGUGUACCCACUCUAAGGGUAGGCCUACACGUUGAUAUUAAAUCUUCUCUUGAAAACUUAAUUCGAUCAGCUCAUUCAUGCCAUCACAGUGAAAUAAGACGUAUGAUCAUGGGCGAAGCCAAUUUACCAGUAACUGAAAUUAUGCAGUCGACUUAUUCUGGAGCCUUUGUAACUGAAGAUGAUCUGGAUUCCAGAUUGUGGAAUAAAAAAAAUGUAAACAUGGUUUCUUGUCGUGCAGUUAGUAAAUUAACAUGCCUCGACACUGCAAAGUCAAUUACAGAAAAUUUACGAUCAGAGGUAUCAGAAAUGAUUCGAAUUUAUGGCAUUGAGGGAAAUAACUACAAUGAUAUCUUUGGAAAUCAUCUCUUUGAUUUCUUGGCAGAACAUCUAUCGAACGAGUUUGAAGAAAGAGUUACCUUCAAGGACAUUGGAGUACUUCGUAUAAAAAUGCGUAUUGUCUGGUCAUUGCUACCGAAGUUAAACAAUUUAAAAGAAAAGUACAGGCAAGAAAAUGAUCUGAGAUUCUACAUGAAGACUCAAAAGGACAGAUUGUGGCAAAUUUUUAGAGACGAAUGUACGAUGAUAGAAACAAGCGUUAAAGCAGCCUCUUUGGUAUCUCGAGAAUUGGAAAGUGCUAUUCGAAAGUGUCUUCCAACUCAAUGUAAAACUGGAGUUAUCGAUCACUUGCGUACUUCCAGUAAAAGAACAUUUGCAAAUAAGAUGUCCUUUCAUGCACAGAUGUUGAUUGAUAUUGCAGAGAAAUGGGACUUCAACUCUUUUCGAGAGUAUUUACCAGAUCCUUACGUAUGUAUGAAGACAUAUAUUGGAAAUUAUAUAAAAGAUGUGAGUUCAAAUGAAAGAAACUUGCUUUUGAAAGAAAUAUAUUGUCAGAAAUUAUAUGACCUUUCGAUCAUAGCGGAGAAAGCCAUUGAUUCCGCAUGCAAAGACUCUAAGGAAAAAAGCAAGAUUACUAUUAGCGACUGGUGGCCCAAGUUAAUUAAAAAUAUUGGUGAUCACUUGGAUGUUAAAGAGGAAUUAGAAUGUUUUAACGAAGACGGGGGUAUUGAAGAGGCAGAGUUUAAGCAGAUGGUAUUAACAGAACUGAGGAAAUCUAAAGACCAAAUUACAAAAACAUUUGAAGAGGCUGGUAUCUUAUCUGCCAUACAGGAGCCGUGUGGACAGUUUUUUGAAAAAGACCUUCUCGGUUGCCGUGAAUUGUGUCCAUUCUGCAAAGCACCAUGUGAUCUCCAAGCGGGCAGUGAUCUCCAAGCGAGCAACAGAUAUGACGACCAUCGUACAGAGUUUCAUAGACCAGAAGGAGUGUCUGGGUAUCAUUAUAGGUCAAAUCAUAAACUAGUUACCGACGUGUGCACAACGUCUGUUACGUCAGAUGAUUCGAGGUUCUUUAACAAGGACACUGGUAUCUUUGGGCACCGUCACAAAGACUACCAAAGUCUGAAUCCAUACUACAAGGCCUGGAAGAUCCAACCGAAGGAGUGUGAGGCACAGCUUUACUGGAAGUGGUUUAUGGCAACAUACAACAAAGAACUUGCCGAAUACUACGAUUGUCUGCCAGCGGAUAUUCCAGAUGGAUGGAAAAAAAUUACCUGGGAAUUGGCGAAGGAAGAUAUGAUAAAAACAUACAAUUUAUAA